AUGUCUUUUCCUCAGCAAACCCUAUGGGGCCAGAGUAAAGCGGGCAACAGGGUGCUAAUCGUGUCCGUGUCAGAAUUUCACCCCGGCGUUGAUCUGUCCAAGCGGAAGGGUGUCCGUCGAGACAACAAAAGACUCCACCGAAUUUUCUGCAGACUUGGAUUCUCGGUGGAGAUGAAGAUCGACCUGACAGCAGACGAAAUCUAUGAGGCCUUUAAAGAAGAGAGCCAGAGGAGGGUAAGCAGCUGUUUUGUGGGAGUUGUGUCCAGUCACGGAGAGGAGGGACUGGUGUUUGGGGCAGACGGCCGCCCCGUCAGUCUGGCUAAAAUCUUCAGCUGGUUUGGAGGUCCUUCCAUGGCGGGAAAGACCAAACUCUUCUUCAUCCAGGCGUGCCGUGGGCAGGAGUUGGACAGUGGAGUGGAGACAGACUCGGCUGCGCCGUGUGAAGAGCAGGCUCUCUCUGAACUCUUCUCCAUUCCCACUGAUACAGCCGUCAUGUACGCCGCAGCCCCAGGAUAUGCUGCCUUCCACAACCCUGUGGGUUCAGUGUUCUUACAGACACUGUGUGACCUCCUGGAGGAGGAAGGGAGCGUGGAGCUGGAGGUGCACCGUCUCCUGACCCGGCUGAACUCCAGGGUGGCCUAUCAUUUCCAGGCGCGGGGAGAAGGGCUCAACGGGAAAAAGGCAAUGCCCUGCAUCGUCAGCCGCCUCACCACAGAGCUUUUCCCUUUCAUGGACCCCAGAAAGACAGAGACAGACCCAAGCCUGGGUCUGGCCCUGGACCUGUCUGCCACCAGGCUAGUGAGCAAAGCCUACAAGCCACGCAAGAACUCCAUCAGCUGA